CUGCGACUUGGCCGUGUGCCGCAAGUGCGCGCCCUGGAGUGCCGCGGAUAAGGCCUACGUGUGCGGCGUCUGCUCACAGCCCGCGCCGCCCACGCAGACGGAGCUCGAGUCACCCAACACGCAGGCUGACGCAGCCCAACUCAAGGAAGGUCGAGGAGAACGUGAGGGCGCACAUCGAGGCUCUCGUAGAAGGUCAGGUCGGCGGUCCGCUCGAUCACGUCAACGCUGUCCCAAAUUUGGCCCAUUCCAAAGCGAGAGACCUGUUCACACGUCACCACGGAGCCCUCAGUCGGGAUAUCACAGCGCUGAAGUACUCACUGCAAAUGUCCAUAUUGAACCGCCCACUGCCCCCCGAAGACCUGGCCACUUCCAGACACGCCCACCUCUCCGAGCGCAUCAAGUCGGUGAAAGAAGCCAUGAUUUUGCCAGUGCAGAAUGAGGCUUAUGACCCGGCAGCCUCGCCUGAAACGCCGGUUGAGGAUUUCAACUCUCACACGUAUGAGGAUAUCUUAGCAACGGCCAUCCUCAAUAAGGUGCUUGAGUCAUGUGAAGGCGAGAGGCCAGACGAGGUUACCAUAGAGGUUAGCCAUGAGGUCACCAGCACAGACACGGAUAGCGGCAUGUCAGGCGGGGCGAAGGAGAGCCGACGAGGGCGGCUCAGGAGAGGAGAGCUGAGUGAGGGCGGGUCAGAGGGCAGCGAGGAGAGGUCCCUCACCCCCCCUCGGAGGUCGCGACGGCCCCCUACCGUCAGUCCGGACCAGGGCGUGGUCACGGACGACUCGUGGGCCCAGGCAGCAGCCGGGGACGGACCGCCCUUGCAGUUUAAGAUCGAGGAGCACGUGGAGGAGAUCACGACCCACCACCUUCAACAUCCCGCUGCCGGACCCGUCGCACCUCGCCUCGCGCAGGGUCUCCUUCCCGGAGCUCGGCGCCGAUAUCGUCCAUGACUCCUGCUCGGACACGGACUGCUGUCAAGUGGAACCCGGCGACAUGGUGAUGGACAGUGACACUUGGGAGGAGAACUGGCUCUUCAGGCGCCAGCGGCUGGUGCCUGGAGGAGGCGCAGGAGGAGGAGGAGGGGGCUUGGCGGCCAUUCACGACGCCGUCACGAUGCUCAUACCCAACCCCGAGGCUCACGUGCUGCCCACCGUCGGGAACAGGAGAGAUCGUCGCCGAGUUCGGGCAGAAGGACCAGGAGUACACCGUCGACUACAGCGUCCCCAGCCGCGUCUCCAGGAGCUCGGGGGGCGUGGCGUCACCCCCCCACGCCCCCUCGCACCGCCUUCCGCCCGGCGAUUCCCCAACACGGGCGUCGCACCCUCAGUAUGUGGACAGGGGGCGCAGGGAAGGGCGGAGGAGGAGCUUCGGCCAAGGGGAAGACGAGGGCGCUGACAUAGGCUCCGGGCGGUAUGCCACGCCCACGGCUGACGGGGACGGACGCUGUGACGCGGAGAGACCCGUGCCAAAGCCGAGAAAACUCUCUCUGGCCACUGCAUCCCCUGGCAAGCACUUAGCCAAGUCCCCGACGCAAUAUCUCCCUUCCCCCUCGGAGGACUUGAGCAUCUUAAGUCCCCCCCUCGAAGUUCCUAGCCCCAAGGUGGCCGUGCCCUCGAGUGACACCGUGUGGUUCGUGGCUGGCCCUGAGGACUGCGCGGUGACCCAGGGCCGCACGCUCAGGGUCGUUUGUCAGGUCAACACGAAGAGACCGAUGGGCCUCAGCUGGUACCACAACGGGGCCCUAAUUCCCCCGGGCGCCCGAGAUCACCGGCAGUGGCGACAGGGCUCCUACCACCAUCUCCACGUGUUCGCCACCACACACGACACUGCCGGGCUGUAUGCCGCUGCUGCCUACACUGCCAACACCUGCGUCUGGGCCUUCUGCAGGGUGCACCACAAGUCCUCGUCUCGGCCUCAGAAGCGACCCUCGUUCACCAAGGGCCUUUCUGACGUAGUCGCUGAAGAAGGGGGCGAGGUGACCCUUCAGUGCCAGGUCACAGGUCAUCCUGAACCCCGCGUGACCUUUUCGCGAGGGUCAGAGAGACUUGAAACCUCAUCCAAGGUCUUUAUUGAGAGUGACCAAUACGGCACAUGGACAGUGAAGUUGUCCGAAUGCGCGCAACACGACAGCGGGGAGAUCGUAGCCAGUGCCAGCAACUUCAUGGGCACAGUUGCAUCCCGGUGCCACGUCAGCAUCGUGCCGGAGGGAACGCCCAUACCCAGAGACGAAAGGGAUUCUCGUCGCGCUCUCUCGUCCUCGGCAAAGGCCGACCACGCCAGCGGCCCGAGCAGAAGGCACGGUUCCCACAAAGCCAGGUCCUCAGGCCAGGCCUCCACCAACAAGCACUCAGCACCAGCUUCAGCAAACACGUCGCCCCAGCGAGUUCCGCAGGAUCCGCUGAUGACCACCUCCUCGGGCGUGACCACGGACGCAGACGACCUGGACGAGAUCCUGCAGGUGCCCACGAAACCAGGUAGACGCCCUAAGACACGUAGACCCGCGUCUCCGAGUGCAGUAGACACACAGCAUGAUCCCAGGGCUGACGCGGCCUCAGCAGAGAACAGGCGAGAACUCGUUAGACUGGCUUUGGCGAGGCUUGACAGGUUUCCGGUCGGGGGGUGCAUGGCAGGAGUGUGACUUUAGGUCCCGUAGGUUCUUCCAGUAGGGUGGUUGAGGGUGAGGGUGGGUAUGAUAGCGGGGAUGGCGGCGCUGAGGAAACGGAAUUCCUCCCUAAGGGUCUCUCCGCUAGCCAGGAGCCUUCCUCCCUGCUGUGCCAGGAGGCUCGCAACACCGCCUCCACUGGGCUAGAAUCCUCGCUGGUCUCCCCUCAGGGCGCUCUUACUCUCGACCUUGACUAUUGCCCCUCAAGCCAUGACGACGAUUUCAGAUGAGGACGCCCCAACCCUUCCUAGGAACCCCCCGCCGCUAGGCCUCUCCCCCUCCUCCCCCUCUAAGGCUAACUCCCCCAGCUCUCCGCUAGGCUCCCACGCUCCCCCUCUCUCUAGCGCCUCGCCUCAUGCCUCUGGCGCUCCCUCACAACACCUCCGGGAGCAUGAGGACGAUCCCUUGGCUGAACACGAGGCCGCCACCACGUCGACACCCCAGCCAGGUACGAUAGCCGAGCGCGAGCACCGGAAGUGGGAGGCGGCGAUUCCUCUGGCCAACAACCCUUACGCCCCCGAGAGACUGGUGCAGCGCCUCUCGCAUUCAAGGUCCUCCUCCACCACACACAUCCCGAGGGCUCUCAGAGUCGACUUCCUCGAGGACUCGCCGAAGGACCUGGACCCGAGCCUCCGCGCCGGCGUCCCCCCGCAGGCCGACCUCAAGAGGUACAGCCGCGACUACUACGUGGCGGCGCCGGCGGGCGGCUCCGGCUGGCACAGGAGUCCCCAGGCGCAGCACGUGUCGCAGCAACCCCAGCCGCGGGCCCUGCAACCCCAGCUGGCCAACGGACACCACGUCUUCAACUCACGGUCGACGUCGGACCUCGUGAGCUCCCAGGUCCACAUUCGGCUGACGACGGGCGUGAGCGAGAGCGCGGGCGACCUGAAGAAGGCGUAUCCUGCAGGAGCGACUGGGGAUCUUCUGCUUCGAGCCAGUCGCAGGAAGGCGGGGCGAUCCGGGCCUCCAGACGCACCGAUUGGAAGGAUGAUCUCAGAGAUAUUCAGGCUGCCCGUGUUGAGCGCGAGGUAGCGAGGUUCCAGCGGACAAUCGACGAGACGCAGCGGCGCUGGGAGGAGAACUACGCUCGCGCCGCCCCCCGCUCCGUGCCCGCGACGGGGCACUCCGACAGCUCGACGGAAGGACUUCACAACCCACGACCUGCUGCCUACCUGGUGCCUCCUCGGCAUGAUCUGUGGCGGACAGUGAGCGUGGACACCCUCGGCGAGCCGGCGAGAGACAGGACGGCGCUGCAGCCUCUCCUGCGCCACACCAGCGUCGACAACCUCAGGCCCUCGACGAAGGUGUCCAACCUGAGCCCGCUCGGCCCCAACCCCCGCCAGAACAGCAUGAACACCGUGAGUAGCCUGAGCAACAUCAACCUGAGCAACAACUGCGGCGGGAGCAAAGCGGCGACGAGCUACCAGUCCCAGCCAGCGCACGGGCAGUCGGUCGAGAGCAUGAGACAGCGACGUGUCCGCGAGCACGCCCGACAAGGUCCCCGUGCUGCCGUCGGUCAGGAAGUUGGCCUCGAAGUUCGACGUCGCGAGCAGAGAGAGGGUCAACGACUUAGAUAAACACGGGAAAGAUGGUUCUCUUGCAUUUAAUGGUAAGAAGAACAUCUUCAUUGAGAAAUCCUCCCCAACUGACCCGCCGUACAUCCGGAACCUCACCAACAACCUCAACAAGAGAACCGAGAAGACUUAUAACGUUAAGGAGGUAAGGUCUUUGUCCAACAGAUCGAACACCACACACGACCCCCAACCCGCUUCCGACACUGACACUUACUUUACUGAUCAUGACGACUCUGAGUUUGACGAUCAGGCCACAGUGACCAGUGUCAGCUUGCCUCCGACGCCCCACUCGCUCAAUGGGGGACUCAGCUACAGCACUCCCAGCCUCUUAGACUCCGACUCUUGCUAUUCACUGGACUCUAGGGACCAGGGCCACGCUUCCCCCGGCGACGAAGCGCCCAAGACCAUUUUCGGGGUGACGCUGCGGAAGGUCAGCCCUUGGUCUGGGAGCAGAAGGUCGUCCGUGUCCAGCAAUUCAGGUCGGACAAAUGACGAAUCUUCUGGCAUAGCCUACGACGACAAACUAUUCAGCCAAGCACACGAAAGGCUCGAUUACGGACAGCGAUCCGGCCCCAACCCUCGCAAGAACCAUCAUCGGGGAAGCAGGGGGGGGUUUUUUUGUGAAAGUGCCCGUGACGUCCCAGAGGGGUCCGCUAGAACAGGGAAGGAACAUCGGUUUCUUGGGAAUUUGAGUUUUUCUUUUAUCGGAAAACUUGGCUCUGCUGAAACUAAGUCUCUCUCCUGGCUUGCCACUUAUAAACCUCCAUGCCGUAUCGCCCCCAACAACUCAACAAGGACCCUAUCAAGAGCUGGCCAGGAGUCAGUGUCCAGCAGAACUGGUAAAUCCAGUAUGUCUGACAGCACAAUUACCUCAGACGCUCCAGAACAAGACGAUGCCAUAAAAGUACCUAUGGAGAGAGCAAAAAGCGUAUCUGAUCUGUUGAAGCUUUACACAGACAUGGAGACCAAAGCUGGAAGACCGCCAAGCAGAAUUUCAAGGAAAGAAUUAUUCGUGUUCGUCAAGACCUACUCUGUAAGAACCACUCGCAACUAUGAACAAAUGAUGCAGGAGAAUUUGUGUCAGUCACGCGAACAAGUGCGAGGGACGCUGGUCGAAGGAACCAGCCUUGAGGAACCAUUUUCACCAAAUGUAGUUCUUGAUGACCAAAGAGUAAAGAACUUGGUAGAAUAUGCUGGAACCGCGUCCGAUAUGUCAGAGAAAAACACUCAAGAACAAGUCCAAAUGGAACCAAACCAAAAUACAAGUACAAAUGAACCUCGCCAAUGUGCCUUGCACGAAGUGCAGUCAAUUUCUGCAAAGGUCAUUUCUGUUGAAGAACCCGUGUCCGUGCAUAGAUCCAGAGGCCAUGAAAGCAUUCCACUCAAACCGUCUGUAGUUCCAAAAGCCAUCCUGACCAGCAGAACUCGAGGAAAGCUUCGCAGGAUCCGCAGAAUUAAAACAAUUCCCACAGGCCUCCACCUCUGGCAGGCCCUCUGGACAGGGACAGGAGGAUGUGCUACUGCCUGCAAGUACUUCUAUAGUGACGCACACCUAUCCACAUCAAGAAAGGAAUUCAAGACUACACAGCAGCUCUUGCACAAUCAAGAUUUAUUCUCCACCAGCAAGCCAGAGGUGAAAUAUUCCCAAGUCAUUCCUAUUGAAAUGGACAACCGCUCGUCACAGAGUCGGCCGAAGGUGAACACCGAAGACACAAAUGACAGCACGGUGCAGGUGAGUGAGGCGGAAUCAAGGGGACCUCAUGUUACAGUCAUCUCCCUCAUAGAAGCGCCCCCGCCUGUUCCCCCUUCUGCCCCCCCUCCUGCACCGCCCUCGUCAGAUGAGAGCAGUGAGGAAGAUGCCCUGUGCGACCCUCUGUCCCUCACAAAAAUGAUCGUCCAUGGAUCCCGGUGCGGAAGCAGCAGCAACCGAAGACCCGGGCAGAGAAAGAAAAGCAUAACGUCUGCCUCCGUGCACCUGAACUCGUCCCUUCUCACCAGUCAGGAGAAAACCUUCCCAUCUCCCGACGGUACAGUCAUAUCGCCGACAGCCGUCACCACUUCCCCCACAUUUACAGACGCCCCUUUGCAUAAAGCGAAGCUAGGACCGCAGUACUCCUUUGACGAAGGGUCGGCCAUCUCAACUGAGUCGAAGUCAACCAGCAGUGUGGACACCAUCGGCAAGGACAGCCCCGAGCCCAGGGUACUAUGGCAUCUGAAAGCCCCGGCAGUGAAUGAAAAAGGGGUCAAGAGAAUGAGGUACUACUGUACACCGGAUCAGUCAGUCGUGGGCCUGUUGGUUGAUGUUGGGUUUUCUCACUUGCAAUUGACACAGUACUAA